AGAGUGAAGUUGUCUGUGGACUGGUGGGUACAACUUUCAUCUAUGUGUACAUCUGGAAGACGGUGAAACUUGACCACGACGAAGGUAAAACCCCGUGAUAAGAAGCCGACAAAGUGUCAAAACCUAAUUUGAGUGGCCGCUCUGACUUGGAUGUCGAACUUCGGAACCGGUGCACAGGACGCGAGGACGCUCUGAUUAGUCUCGAUUGGAAAGAUGAAAUGUCUCAUCAGAUGCCUGUUGAUGGCAAGCAUCAUAUGUGCCGUCCUUGCUGUUGCACAAGAGUUUGAAGACAAUGACUUUGCUGAAUUUGAAACUUUUGAUGAGGGUCAAGAAGAGGAAGAGGAGGAAGAUGCACCAUCACAAACAGUUGGUGGUGGAUCUCCAACAUUAAAACAGGGACUAGAGGAGGAAGAUGAAGAAGAAGAAGAAGAAGCAGUUGUUGAGGAUGAAGAAAGCGAUGAAUUCAGUCACUUCAGUGAUGAAGAAGAAUUUAUAGGCUAUAAUAUGGACCGAAUGCAAGGAUCACGACAGUCAAAGGCACAGGAAGAACCCAAAAUUACUAUUGCUAAUGUUCCUCCUCAUCUGCGCAGUAACUGGGACAGUUUCUACCUAGAAAUGCUAAUGGUUGCUGGGCUUGUGAUUUACUUCAUCAACUUCAUUGUAGGCAAAUCAAAAAAUCAAAAACUGGCAAAUGCAUGGUACAACAGCCAUAAGAGCCUUUUGGAGCAUAACUUUGCUCUUGUCGGUGAUGACAGUAAGCAGGCUGCAGAAAACAAAGGGCUUCAAAAGGAGUCAGAAAAUGUUUACACACUUUGGUGUUCUGGCCGUACUUCCAUGGAAGGGAUGCUCGUGGAACUCAAGUUCAUUAAGAGACAAGAUAUGAUUGGAGUUGUGUCACAGUUUAUCAGACCAUCCAGUGAUCAGUUGCUAGUGAAGGUUCAUAUGGAUGAGAUGGAUACAUUUGUUUUUUCUUUGGCAACAAAGAAAACUGCUGCUCGACUUACAAAAGAAAUGACUGACAUAAGUACUUUUUGCCCUGAGAAGAAGUCUGUGGAGAAGUUCAGUCUUGGAACACAAUUUGUUCUGAUGAAUGAACUCGGAGAAGUGUCUAUAAUGAUUCUAGGUGAUCCAAAGGUGACUGCAGUGUUGAACAAAUAUUCUGCCAUGAUUGAUUUCUUCCACUUUUCUGACCAGUACUCAGGACCAAAACAACCAGAAGAUACCCAACCUACAAAAUUGCCUGAAGUGCGAAAAGCGCUCGUGUUUGGUUUCAAUUUCCCAGGACGUGGGAAUCCCUCGAUGGAAGCUAUUGAGAAUAUGAAGCCCUUGUUGCAACUUGUUUUCCACUUGACAGACAAACUCCGUAGGUUCAAGCUCAGUAAGGAGGGUAAAUCAAAAGCAGAAAAGAACCGUUGUCGAGUAGAGGAGGCAUUCUUAAAGGCUACUCAUGCAGCUCGAGCUGAAAUGGCACAAGCAAGAAGGGAGCAAAAGAAAAGGGAAGACAGAGAAAAGAUGCUGGAGAUUGAUGAUCCUGAUAAACAGCGUAAAUGGGAGGAAAGAGAGCAGCGUCGGCAGAUGAAACGACGUGCACCUAAGAUGAAGCAACUGAAGGGAUGAAGUCAUGAAUCCUAAUAUAAGGACUUACUGAAGUGUUGCAGAGGACGUGUUCAAGACAAGAGUUUUAAAAACUUAUGUAAAACUAGUGUUUCAUUGCCGUCCUUUCUGUUUGUGCUUCUGGUCACUUUAAUCUAGGAUAGGAGUUGAAUUUUGAAUUAGUUGCUAGUAUUGUAUCUUCAGAUAUCCAAAGACAAAAAUAUUUAGAUUUACAGUAUUAGAACUCUUGCUACGUCAUCUUCCUAGUACAGAACGGUAAUUGUUGAGCACAGAAAAUGGUUUCUCAUAUCCAUUUUCUUUUUAAUGCAAUCCUUUUCAAGUUUCACAUAGAGUAGAAAAAUUGACUUAAAAAUUGGUAAGGCAAUGUAAUACAUUGGAGGGUUCAAUAAUGUCUGGAAUAAGAUUUUUAUAAUUAUUGUUUGUAUUUCUUCAUAAUGUGAUAGGGAAAUUUAAGAGAUUAUUAGUAUUAUAUAAUGUCAAUAGGGUUUGGCUUAAAGUUUCAUAUUUUAUUGUAGUGAACUGUGUAAACAUAAAUUGUAAAACCAGCAUACAUAUAAUAUAUAUAUAUAUAUAUAUAUAUAUAUAUAUAUAUAUAUAUAUAUAUAUAUAUAUAUAUAUAUAUAUAUAUAUAUAUAUAUAUAUAAACUAUAAAUAGUUGCCUCCCACUAACUUUUGAGAUGUGGGGAUAUUAUUUUAGUUUUUUGUGGCAGGAAACUAUAAUUGUUUUCGAGUAUUUAACUAUGUAAGUGCUGUUCAUGUCAUCUUCCAAAAAAAAUGCAGAACUUUUAAGUAACAAGACAAUGAUAGCAAAACUUGGAUAACUGAUUCCACUUAGUGCUUGUUUAUUCUCCAAAAUAAUUGAGAUUCAUGUAUAGCUUAGUUACAAUGUUCCUUAAGUUAGUGUUUAUUAUUUGUUUCAUGUCAGUGCUAUAUGAUUAUGGGUUUAAAUGCCUCAUCAGGGAUUUCAUGGUACCACAGCUCAUGAUGUAGUCUGGUUACUUUGUUUUUCUAGUGAUUGUUGCCAUAUCAUUCCAUACAAAUUGUUGAGUUAUGUACAUAAAACAGUUUUUACCUGUAUAUAGGUCACAUACAUGACUGUGUUUGUAUAGAUUGAUCGAGGCACAUAGCAAUAAGAGUAGAAAAUGAAAGGACUGUUUAUUAAUACAAUCUUAAGACUAACACAUAGUCCGUAUACAUUUUUGUAUCCAAUUUAACAGUUACAGAGGCAGGAAUAAUUGUGCUUUCUUGGUAAUAAAUCUGGAGUUCACAAAUGCAUUAAAGGUAAUACAGUAACCGAAAUGCAUUUGGCAAACUUGAUAGCCAGCUGAACAGAAGUAAAUCUAAAGUGCUGAAAACAGUUUGUUCCAAUUUUUCUCAUAUAUUGAAGCUAUUUUUCAUUUCUGGUUAAUUUUUGUGUAAGAAUUCCCUAUGGCCAUAAUUCUGCUCAUGUAGUAGCAUCAUAUUUUCACAAUUUAGCAUAAUUUAAAUCUUCGAGAACAAAAUAUGUUAAGGACUUUGGCAACCAUUACUUAUAGCAAUCAAGAAUGAGCAUAUUCAUUCGCUAGUAACUAACUUUCUAUACUGCUAGAUUGUUUUCAUGAAUAAGAUAAGUGGAUUAGCUGCCUUUUUGGUCAUCAGUCACAUACUCGUAUAUUAGACUGGACAGUUGCACAGAACUGGUUGUAGAUUCUGUUCAUAAGGUUGUAAAUAAAAUCUUUUAGGAGGAACUGCAAAUAGUGUUUUUACUGUUAGACUGAUAGAAGGACAAUAGGUAUAUACAUUGCAAGUUUGAUGAUGGUAGGUAACUACACAUACAAAUUGGAUGACAAGGUCUGUAUAAGUAUGCAAGCAAUGCUUAUUUCAUAAUUCAGAUUUUAGAUUGACAUUACUACUUAGCAUCUUAUUUUUUUCUUCUUUUCCUUUAAGUAUUCCAAAUGUAUACAAUUUGCUAAAAUGAUUCUGUAAAUUUCAUAUUCUGCUUGUAAUUUUAUGACUACAUACCACUUUAAUAGUUUGAAUUGGAUGUGAGCAUAAGGGGGUUUGGGUAAUUCAAUUACCUCUUGGUAAGAGAACAAAAUAAGAUUUAUCCUGUCAUGUGUUUUUGUAUUUUAUAUGAUAGUUUUGUCUUAGUCAUUACAGCAUAAUUUCUAAGGCUGUGAAGUUUUUGCUUUUUCCAUUAUUAACUAGUACUAGUUUAAUAAUCCCCAUGAUACCUAGGUUUUUUCCCCAAUGUUUCUUCUGAAAUAGUAAACAUUUUGAAUAUAUUGCAUCAGAGGAUUAUUGAAAUUAGCUUUUUAAACAAACAAUUCAUACUCUGGUAAAGGGACAGUAAUUUUACUAUAAAAAGAAAUCUGCUGGAGUUCAGAACAUGCAUUAUUUGGUUCAUAAUGCAGGGUAAUGAGUUGUACUUGACAAAGUAACUGCAGAGGAAGGCACUAUACAGGUUAAUUUUUAUAUUAAAUGAAGAAAUACAUGUUUUAUAAAGUCA